UGCAAUGAGGACCUAGAACGCCCGCCUGCUGACCGUCCCCGCUUACCACGACCAUGGCACCCCGCAAGAGGAGCCACCAUGGCCUGGGCUUCCUGUGCUGCUUUGGGGGCAGUGACCUCCCCGAGAUUGACCUCCGGGACAACCGCCCUCUGCAGUACAUGGAGUUCUCCAGCCCCAUCCCGAAUGCGGAGGAGCUCAACAUCCGCUUCGCCGAGCUGGUGGAUGAACUGGAUCUCACAGACAAAAACCGGGAGGCUGUGUUUGCAUUACCACCUGAGAAGAAAUGGCAGAUCUAUUGCAGCAAGAAGAAGGAGCAGGAGGACCCCAACAAGCUGGCGACCAGCUGGCCCGAGUAUUACAUCGAUCGUAUCAAUUCCAUGGCUGCGAUGCAGAGUCUGUACGCAUUUGAUGAAGAAGAGAUGGACAUAAGGAACCGAGUUGUAGAAGACCUGAAGACAUCCCUGCGGACACAGCCCAUGAGGUUUGUGACCCGUUUCAUGGAGCUGGAGGGCCUGACCUGUCUGCUCAACUUCCUCCGGAGCAUGGACCACGCCACGUGCGAGAGCCGCAUCCACACCUCACUCAUCGGUUGCAUCAAGGCGCUCAUGAACAAUUCCCAGGGGCGGGCGCACGUGCUGGCGCAGCCCGAGGCCAUCAGCACCAUCGCGCGGAGCCUGCGCACGGAGAACAGCAAGACCAAGGUGGCCGCGCUGGAGAUCCUGGGCGCCGUGUGCCUCGUGCCUGGAGGUCACAAGAAGGUGCUGGAAGCCAUGCUGCACUACCAGGCGUAUGCCGCGGAGCGCACGCGCUUCCAGACCCUGCUGAAUGAGCUCGACCGGAGUCUAGGCCGGUACCGGGACGAGGUGAACCUCAAGACAGCCAUCAUGUCCUUUAUCAAUGCUGUCCUCAACGCGGGGGCAGGAGAGGAUAACCUGGAGUUCCGCCUCCAUCUCCGGUAUGAGUUCCUGAUGCUGGGGAUCCAGCCGGUGAUUGACAAGCUCCGGCAGCACGAAAACGCCAUCCUGGACAGGCACUUGGACUUCUUUGAGAUGGUCCGGAAUGAGGACGACCUGGAGCUGGCCCGGAGGUUUGACAUGGUCCACAUCGACACGAAGAGCGCCUCGCAGAUGUUUGAGCUGAUCCACAAGAAACUGAAGCAUACCGAGGCUUACCCCUGCCUGCUUUCUGUGCUGCACCACUGCCUGCAGAUGCCCUACAAGCGCAAUGGUGGCUACUUCCAGCAGUGGCAGCUCUUGGACCGCAUCCUGCAGCAGAUCGUUCUACAGGACGAGCGGGGUGUGGACCCGGACCUGGCUCCGCUGGAGAACUUCAACGUCAAGAACAUCGUCAACAUGCUCAUCAAUGAGAACGAGGUGAAACAGUGGAGAGAGCAGGCAGAGAAGUCCCGGAAAGAACAUUUGGAGCUCAUGAGCCGGCUGGAGAGGAAGGAGAGAGAAUGCGAGACCAAGACGCUGGAGAAGGAAGAGAUGAUGCGAACCCUGAACAAGAUGAGGGACAAGCUGGCCCGAGAGUCCCAGGAGCUGCGCCAGGCAAGGGGACAAGUGGCGGAGCUGGUGGCCCAACUCAGUGAGACCUCAACAGGCCCCGUCACUUCCCCGCCUCCCCCCGGGGGCCCACUUCCCUUGUCUUCCUCCAUGACAGCCAGCGACCUGCCUCCACCCCCAUCUCCUCUCCCCUUUGCCUCCUCCUGCCCACCUCCACCACCACCACCUCCCCUCCCUCCCCGAGGACCUCCCAUUCCCCCAGGUGCCCCACCCUGCUUCGGCUUGGGCCUGCCCUUGCCUCAGGACCCUUCCGCCAGCAGUGGGGUCCCACUCAGGAAAAAGCGUGUCCCUCAGCCUUCCCACCCACUGAAGUCUUUCAACUGGGUCAAACUGAACGAGGAGCGUGUCCCUGGCACAGUGUGGAAUGACAUUGAUGACACGCAGGUAUUUCGGAUUCUGGACCUAGAAGACUUUGAAAAAAUGUUUUCUGCCUAUCAGAGGCACCAGGGUGGCAUGCAAGAGGGUCCCCAGAGAGAAAGAGGUGUGAGAGGCGGAGACCCGCCUCCUGAACCCCUAACUCGUCAUUUGCAGAAAGAGCUGGGAUCCACAGAGGACAUCUACCUGGCUUCCCGCAAGGUCAAGGAGCUGUCUGUCAUUGAUGGCCGGAGAGCCCAGAACUGUAUCAUCCUUCUCUCCAAGUUGAAGCUGUCUAAUGAGGAGAUCCGACAGGCCAUCUUGAGGAUGGAUGAGCAGGAAGAUCUCGCUAAGGACAUGCUGGAACAGCUCAUCAAGUUCAUCCCUGAGAAGAGCGACCUUGACCUUCUGGAAGAGCACAAACAUGAGAUCGAGCGGAUGGCCCGUGCGGACCGCUUCCUCUAUGAAAUGAGCAGGAUUGACCACUACCAGCAGCGGCUCCAGGCCCUGUUCUUCAAGAAGAAGUUCCAGGAGCGGCUGGCUGAGGCCAAGCCCAAAGUGGAAGCCAUCCUGCUGGCCUCCCGGGAGCUGACCCAAAGCAAACAUCUAAAGCAGAUGUUGGAAGUCGUCCUGGCCAUAGGCAACUUCAUGAACAAAGGGCAGCGUGGGGGUGCCUAUGGGUUCCGGGUGGCCAGCCUCAACAAGAUCGCCGACACCAAGUCCAGCAUCGACAGAAACAUCUCUCUGCUUCAUUACCUGAUCAUGAUCCUGGAGAAACACUUCCCGGACAUCCUGAACUUGCCGUCUGAGCUGCAGCACCUCUCAGAAGCGGCCAAAGUCAACCUGGCAGAGCUGGAGAAGGAGGUGGGCAACCUCAGGAAGGGUCUGCGAGCUGUGGAGGUGGAAUUGGAAUAUCAAAGACACCAGGUGCGGGACCCCAAUGACAAGUUUGUCCCCGUCAUGAGUGACUUCAUUACGGUGUCCAGCUUCAGCUUCUCAGAGCUGGAGGACCAGCUCAAUGAAGCCAAAGAUAAGUUUGCCAAGGCACUGGGGCACUUCGGGGAGCAGGACAGCAGGAUGCAGCCGGAUGAAUUCUUUGGCAUCUUUGAAACCUUCCUGCAGGCCUUCUCGGAGGCCCGGCAGGACCUGGAAGCUAUGAGGAGGAAGAAGGAGGAAGAGGAGCGGCGGGCACGCAUGGAGGCCAUGCUGAAGGAACAGCGGGAGCGAGAGCGAUGGCAGAGGCAGCGGAAGGUCCUGGCAGGAAACGCGCUGGAGGAGGGCGGCGAGUUCGACGACCUGGUGUCAGCCCUGCGCUCUGGGGAAGUGUUCGACAAAGACUUAAGCAAGUUCAAGCGCAGCCGCAAGCGACCCGGGAGCCAGGUCCCAGAGGUCACCCGUGAGCGGGCGAUAAACAGGCUAAAUUAUUGACCUGGGGACUGGACGCACGAACGAGGUCCGGAGACAGGGAUUGCGGGGGAGGAGGUGGUGGUGCCUUAUGCAAUUUGGUGCUGGGUUUGGAGCCCCGGGCUGGGUCCUGGGGCCUGGGUGUGUGGCGGGACCAGGCGUCUCCCCACGCUGAUGUGAAGGGCCAGCUCUCAUCUCCCUUUCACAUUAUUCUCUCUCUCUCUCUCUCUCUCUCUCUCUCUCUCUCGCUUUGGCUCCCAGGGGUUAUGUUCCAAGAUUGGUUUGGAUUUCCCUGGCAGGCCCUGGCCUUGGGCCAGGUAACCCUCCACCAAGGGCACCCCCGUCCCCCACACCAGACACCCUCUUGUUGGCUCAGAACCGUUCUGGGGCUAGGCCGGAGGAGGUCCUAUACCUUGUCCUGACCUCCCGUGCGGUGCGAAGUGAUGGUACUGUGGGCUCUGAGAGCCAGGGUGGGCCUCCAGGCUGGAUGGGCCCAGUGCUCCCCAUAGAUGGAAACAGAGGGGACAUGUAUUCUAGCUCAAUCGGGAAUUUUUCCAGAAAAGCGAACAUCAAGAGAGAAUGGUCCAGGGACUAGAGCUAUGAGGAUGGAGUCUCGGUGUCAUUUUCCUAUGGGGCCAGCCCUCAGGCCUCCCCUUCCUCCCUAUAGCUCACCUGCAUGCCAUCCACUACAGUCCCGAGAGUCACCUUGGGGCAUUUCAGACACUGGCUGACUCCCAGGUCUGGGGCGGACGCAGGAAGCACAGGAGUCCUGGCAAGCCUUUUUCGUCACCUCCCCUCAGGCUAGGUCACGGGAAGGCGUGCGGGAACGUGAACCCAACCCGACCAGUGUCCUGAAGGGAGACAGGGACCGCAUUUGCCACCUAGGGUUCCCAGGAGCCCCUCACCAGACACUGGUUUCCCCAGGAAUGCCUGACCUACCGUCCCAUGACUCUGUCCCCGAGGGGAAAGGGGGCCACAGUGGCCUCUGACACUCCACCUGCUGGUCCCAGGGGCUUCCCGUACCUGGCUGAGGCUGGCCUUGGGGACUCAUUCCUGAGGGCCACAGCUGCCCCCUGCAUUCAUGUGCCACCCUGGGGGAGGCGCCCAGGUCGGGGGCCAAGAGAAGAGCAGGGGCAGGGGUUCUGGGGAGGGAGGAGGAAGACAGUCGACGUCCCUGGAGGGUUUCACACGUCUCUGCUCCAUGUCCAUGUCCAGUUUGGUUUCUCAGCCGCACUGGCAAGGGCUCACUGUGGCUCUUGUCCACGCCUUCUUCCCUCUUACCCAUCUGCGGCUGUCCUUGAUGCCGGCGACGGGGCAGGACUGAGGUCUCGCUUCCGAUCAUGCUUCACACGUCAUCUCUGAGAGCAGCCCUGCAUCACCGCCACCCGCCAUCCACUACCUCCUGCCCCUUCUGUUCUACGUUUCUCAUCUUCUGACCUGGUCCUCUGGGGUCACCGCCAGGGGAUAGACCAGUGGCCCGCUUACUCUUCGCUGCCCAUCUUCUGUCUUCUGUGAGAUUCCUGGCGGUGGGAGCUGGGCAGCUGCAGGAUUGGCUGAGCCCAGAACGUGCGUUGGUUUGGGGAUGGGUUGGCUACGUGUGUUGCCGAGGGAGGGGUCUGAACCAGUGGAAGACCCCCAGCCGGCUCAAAUGUGAUGAGGUCAUCCUGGGGACCAGGUGGGGACAAGAAGAUGGCGUCUAGAAGACCGGAUACGAAGCUUUAGGAGCCCAUCGGCAUGGCGAUAGUCCAAACAGUAGGAGACGCCGGGGAGGUUAGGCAGCCGGCUUCUUCCGUGCUGGCCAGGCUGUCAGCUCAACAUGCAAGAGCCAGGAAACAGGACAGAGGCAGGUUACACUUCUGUUCAGUAGGCAUGGCCCAAACCUGACAUUCCCAUCCACCACAGAAGACCACACGUGUACCAGGAAAGAUAAGGACUGUGGAAGCUAUUGAAGACGCACCGAGUCCUCAGAAACACAGUGUGGCGUUGUUCCAGAGCCCAGCCCUCAAACCCCCAAAGAGUACUGCCUUCUUUAUUUAUUGUUUUCUAAAUCUGGCCCGUGGCUCUGGCACGACAUGCCCGUUGUGGCUAGGUUUCCAACUGUGCCUUGGACCGUGAACUGUCAGGAUCAAUUCAGUUAGGAAGGGGCUGGCGCCCCGUGGAGGUGGCUGAGGUGGUCCUUGAUGUGACAUGAUUCAGCCUAUCCCCAGAGCCUUCUUAAGCCUUCCUUCAACCUGUGGGUAAACUCCAGUUACCUUUGGGCCCCAUGUAAAUUUCAUUGUCCAUCCAACUCGACCCUUCUUGGCAGUGGCGCCUGCCCUCCUGUGACGGACAUCUAGGGAGCGGGAGGACAGCAUUCUCCAGGGGGCUGAGGGAGGGUGCAAGGUCUCCCCAUCUCCUCCCACUACUACCGCUGGGGAGACGUGAUCAUCUCCACCCUCUCCAGGGGACUUCUGCCAACCUUCGUGCCAUGGCUGCUUUCACAAUGACAAAGCCCGUGUACAAAUCCAGUGUCCCUUUUACCUGCACCUUUUUUUUUAUAAGAAUAUAU